AUGUCGGGCCAGUUUCUUCCGAACGUUUCACCGUUCGGCUUUCCGAGUGGAUUGUCACCAACAUAUCCAUAUGCCGGUAUCAUCCUGAUUAUCUGCGCAUUUGCAUGGAUAGUCAUCAAAACUGAUAUUUUCGAAGGUCCACCGGGACCAGCUGGAAUAACUGGCUUCACAGGUCCUACAGGACGAACAGGUUCCACAGGUCCUGUGGGACCAAAUGGUAAUACCGGACCUAUAGGAGAAACUGGUCCCACAGGGCCUACGGGACCAAUAGGCGCAAGCGGUCCCUCCGGACCUACAGGAAAAACUGGUCCCGCAGGACCUACCGGACAAACUGGGGAUACGGGUCCAACAGGACCUAGUGGACCAAGUGGACCUACUGGUCCCACUGGUUCCACAGGACCCACAGGAGAAACUGGACAAAUAGACUGUGGCGGUGGCGGCGGUGGCGGCGGCGGCGGCGGCGGCGGCGGCGGCGGCGGAUGUUCAUAG